GCAAAGAAAAGAAGAAGCAAGAAGUAAACAAACUAGACAUCCAACUAAGUUUGAAUUCUUUUUAUGCCAAAACAAUGCAAAUAAAUCCAAAAACCCACGCAGAAGCGAAGAUAAAAAACGAGCAGGAUGCGAAUCAGGCGCGCAUCACCCAAAUCGAGGAGUUCAUCAACGAUGUGCUGAAAGAGGACCUCAGACAGCUGGAAAAGUGCAUCGGACAGUUCAACGAGGAGAUCAUGGAGUACGUGCAGCUGAAGAACACCCUCCAGACCUUCGACACCCACCUACCAGAUGGCUACAAAACGCAAGUCAACAUCGGCAGCAACGUAUUCAUGCAAGCGCGCGUCCGGAAAAUGGACAGCAUUCUGGUCAAUGUGGGCAAAGAUGUGUACCUGGAGAUGAGCAUUCCGGAGGCGGAACGCUUCAGCGACACCCGCGUCAAGAUCUUGACCAAGCAAUCCGAUGUCCUGCGCGAAGAAAGCGUCAAGAAAAGGGCCCAAAUCAAAAUGUCACUAAUAGCAAUCAGUGAAAGGGCCAAACUAAUUCAACAGGAUGAGACCAAAUAGC